AUGAGCAAGGCAAGUGGUAGCGGUAAAAUAGCCGCAACAUCUGACUACCCUCUAUGGGACUGCGUGAUUCCGUACGUAAAGGAACCGCAAGAUCGGGCUACGGUUUCUUUGGUGUGCAAACAGUGGCAUGAAAUUGAUUCCCUCACGCGAAAGCAUGUAACUAUUGCACUGUGUUAUGCCGCCACUCCAGACCGCCUCUCACGACGGUUCCCCAACCUCGAGUCGCUCAAGCUCGAGGGACAACCACGCACUUCCCGUAUUCCUAGUGACCGGGGAUGCUAUGCGACGCCGUGGAUUGAGGAAAUUGUCAAGUCUUUUAAGAAAAUGAAGGCGCUGCAUCUUCGUAGAAUGAUAGUUAAGGACUCGGACCUUGAAUUGAUUGCCGCUACAGCAAUUGGGAAGGGUCUUGAAGUGUUGAAACUUGAUAAAUGCUAUGGAUUCUCAACUAAUGGACUCUUGCACAUCUGUCGCUCUCUCCGGAGUUUGAUGACCUUGGAUAUGGAAGCGAGCACAAUAAUUGAAAAUGACGGGGAAUGGCUACAAGAACUUGCUCUGAACAAUACAGUUCUUGAAAAUUUGAACUUCUACAUGACAAAUCUUGUCGAAGUCAAAUCUGGAGACCUUGAACUGAUAGCCAAAAACUGCCCAUCUCUGGUCGUGGUGAAAAUUAAUGAUUCUGAUAUUGCUGACCUCGUUGGUUUCUUCCGCAAUGCAGCUGCAUUAGAAGAGUUUUGUGGGAGCUGUUUAGGCAAACAACCAAUAGGUAGCGAAGGCGAUCAAAAUGCGCAAUUAGAAAGGUACGCGGCGGUACCAUUUCCCCAAAGAUUGUGCUCCUUGGGUCUUAAGUACUUGUCAGGAGCUGAAAUUCAGAUUGUCUUUCCUUUUGCUGCUCGACUUAAAAAAUUGGAUCUGCUAUGUGCUAUGCUUGAUACAGAAAGUCAUUGUCUCUUACUGGAAAGGUGUCCCAACUUGGAAAUGCUUCAGGCAAGGGCCGUGAUUGGAGAUAGAGGAUUGGAAGUUGUUGCUCAGAUUUGUAAGAAACUGAAAAGACUGAGGAUUGCGCAUGGUAUUCUCGUGGAAGGAGUUACGCACAGAGGAUUAAUUUCUCUGUCACAGGGAUGCCUUGAAUUGGAAUACUUAGCUAUUGUUGUGACUGACAUCACAAAUGCAUCCCUAGAAUGUGUAGGCAUUCACUUGAAAAAGCUCUAUAGCUUCCGGUUGCGCUUGAUUGUAAACCAAGAGACAAUAGCAAAUUUUCCGCUUGAUUAUGGAGUUCGAUCUUUGUUGAUGGGUUGUCAUAAACUUACUGGCCUUACUUUGUAUCUUCAGUCUGGUGGGCUAACAGAUGUGGGUCUCAGUUAUAUUGGAAAGUAUAGUCCAAAAGUGAGAUGGAUGCGUUUGGGUUUUGUUGGGGAAUCUGAUAAUGGUAUUAAGGAAUUUUCCAAAAACUUACCUAGCCUCCAAAAGUUAGAACUGAGGGGAUGCCGUUUCAGUGAAGGUGCACUAGGAGAUGCUAUACUACGACUACCUUCGUUGAGGUGUUUGUGGGUGCAAGGAUACACUAAAUCUGGAGCUGAUUGGGAUAAGGUACAUGAGAAGCGUCCGAAAUGGAUUACUGAGUUCAUUUCAGCAACACAAGUUGCUGAACCUAAUGAAAAUGGAGAAGAUGUAUCCUUUGAGAAUAAAGCCCAAAUUCUAGCAUAUUAUUCACUUGCUGAUCCGAGAACAGAUUUUCCAUCUACAGUUGUGCCCUUAAUUUCCAAGGUUACAAUCAACGAAUAA